GUGAUCGUGUUUUUGGUGUGACUUUUUUUAUCACGGGUUAUUUUUUCGUGUAUUGCGCUCAACGACAAACCACAAGAAUGAAACUUAUCGUAGGAUUAUUAUUAAUAGCAACAGCCCUGGCAUAUCCAGUAGCCGAAAAUGAAGAAAAAGUAGCUCAACCAGUUAUUGCAAAAGACGCGAAGCCAGCAGAGCAAGAACUACCAGCCGCAGUACCAGACCAACUUCUUCCCCUGCCAGAACAACAACCCCAAAAACAAGAACCACUACCGGUCAGCGACUCUUCCUCAGAAUCCUCCUCGGAGAGCGACGAGUCUGGAGAAAAGAAAUCAGACGAAUCCUCCUCGAACGAGAAAGAAUCCAACGAAGCAAAAAUCCAAGAAAAAAAACUUGACGAACCUCUCCAAGAACCUAUUAAAGAGCCAAUUAAGGAAGAAGUGAAGCCAAUCGAUCCACUUUCUUUUUUGAAAGUAUCUGAACCAGUCCAACCAGAUGUUUUACCAGAAGAACCUAAAGCAGUAGAUCCUGUAGUUCCCCAAAUUGCUGCCAAAGCGAGCCCAGCUGAACCAGAGGAGAAACCCCUAGCCCUCCCAACUCUAAUUGCUGAAGAAAAACCAGCUGAGCAAGCUCCAAAAUUGGUCGCCACUGAAAUAAAAGAAGAAAAAAUCAUACCCAGUGAACAAAAAGUAGAAGCUAGUCCUGUAGCCGAAGAAAAACUACCCGAGUUGAAGAAAGCAGAAGAACCUGUAAAGCCUGAAGGUAAAUCAGUACCCGAACAACCAGAGGAAAAACCACAGCCAGCACAGCCUGAAGGUAAAUCGGAACCCGAAGAACCCGUCCUUGCAGCAGUUCCAGCUGUCCAAGCAGAAGUAAAGCCAGAAGAAAAGCUAGAAGGUGAAAAGAAAGUCAAAGCAGAAGAACCCAAACCCGAAGAGCAGAAGGUACAAAAACUCGAAGAAGCUAAACCAAGCGAAGGAAAAUCUUUAGAGCCACAACCAGCUGAAGUAAAACCUGUCGAACUAGUACCAGUAGCAGAAGAAAAACCAAUUGAAGAACCUAAACUACCAGAAGGUAAAUUAGAGAAGCUUCCAGAAAAACCUCUGGAAGAGCCCAAACCCACCGACGCAGCGAAAAUCGAAGAACCCAAAUCCGUAGAAGAGAAAUUACCCGAACCAAGUGCGUCCAGUUCUUGAACUGUAUUUCCAGUAACGUGGAAACUUCCCAAGAAUGACUGAUGAGGUUCGCUGGCGCUUUUGUUCCACAACACACUUAAUUUUUUUAGUGAACAACUGAGCGGACCGAACCUCGAAUAGUAGAUUUUAUUUAUGUGUGCUCAAAAAUAAAAAAAUCGUGUUUUGUUAUAGAAACAGUGUUGUUUUUAUUUUAUAGUAUUUUUGUUUUAUUAUUUUUUUGUUUGUUUCGAUCAGAAUCUCACAUUUUCUUUUGAUUUAUGUUAACAACAAGCCAGGAAUUCAUUCGACCUUGUGAAUCUAACCAUAGUUUCUCUUCUAAUCGAUUUAGUUUAAGGUUAUGUAUUAAAAGCUUUUAAUAAACUUUUAUACAUAUA